AUGUGGACUGGUGACGGUGAACCGGGGACGUGCCCAGCUGGUGUGGAUGAGAGCAAAGGUGGACUGGGCUCAGCAGGCGCGGUGGUGGUGUCAGGUCGGGACGAAGGCAGGGGAUGUGGACUGGUGGGGGUCGACUCAGGUAAAGGAGCUGCUGGAGAAGAAGAAAAAAUGGGGUCUAUGUCUGAAGGGAAAGGAGGUGCCGGAAAGGCAGAGGGAACCGAAAGGGGCGUUGCGGCUGGAGAAGAAGAAAAAAAAGGGUCGACGUCAGAAGGGAAAGGAGGUGCUGGAAAGGCAGAGGGAACCGAAAGUGAUGUGGAAGGAAAAGUGUGGUAG